AUUAUUUUGUCCAACCCUCUUUCAUUUCUGCGGGAAUUAGCCCUUUUAGGAGAGAGAAAAUACACAUGACUUCCUCACAAUUGGAGGCGGCAGUAGUGACUACUCUAAUCUCACCGCGCUUCACUUGAAUUCAAAAUCUAUUUCUAAUUUCAAUUCAAUUUUCUACUCUUUUUAAACUUAAAUCCCCAAUUUUUGAUUUUCUUCAAUUAAAAAUAUAAAAUCCCUAAAGAUUCUCUUGUUUAUACUUCAAAACCCUCAAGAACAAACAAACCCUAAUACCCGCGCUUCCCCAAUCUCAAUUUUCAUCUCAACCCCACUUCAUUUCUGGGUUUUUCUCGAAAUUACCAACUACCCAUCAAAGUUUGAUGAGUUUUCUACCAACCCUUUUCAGCAAUUUUAGAUUUGUGUGAUUUUUGAUCUGGGAUUGUUUCUUGAUUUUUGGUUGAUUUUCUUCGAAUUGGGGAUUUGGGUUUUGUUCAAAGAGGUCAAUUUUGUAGUGUAAGUUAGUAAUGGGAGAUGAAAUGUGUUCCCAUGGUGCUUCUGAGGCAUCUGGGAAGACCCCACAAUCUGAUUCCAAGAUGGUGGUGGGCGUGAAGCGGCGAGGCGAAGAGUUGGAGGAUGAUUCUCAUGUUAGUCGGAAACAGAUUAAAACGAGGGAUCUUCAAUCGGAAGGAAUUGAUACUCAUGAACCCGAAACCUCCAAAAUUGAUGAAAUUGAAGAACACAUGGACAUUGUAGAGACCCAGAGUUCGCAAGUUCUUGACAAGAAUGCCAUUGAAAAUGCAGAUGCAAUACAAUUAGGAGGAUCGACAAAAUCGACGCAUUUAGUUGACCAUAAUGAUUCUAUGCCACUGGAUCUCAAUACGGAAAUGUGCACUGAUGAAAAUUCCGGUUAUAAUGAUGUUGUUGUGUCUUUAGAAGGUCCCAAAAAGCAUUCCUCAUGUGCAAAAGGUAAAGCAAUCCUUGAGCAUAAUCGUAUGCCUUUGGGUGGUGGCAAUCGCUUGGAUCUUAACGCUGAAGACGUUGCUAGCUCAGUUAAUCAUGAACCUUUCAACACCCAUAAAUCUCAAAAUAAUCAGCAAACAAGGGACACUUCUGAUAGUGGGAAAGCUACAGGUCACUUGGAGGAUAAAGAUGCCCUAAGAAAGUGGAAAGAGAUGAAGAAAAAUGGUUUUAUGUCAUCUUCUUAUGGCUAUGGAGGCAUACCAGCAGCGCCUAAGCAGCGUGGAAGAAAGAGCAAAAAUGAGGUGCUCAAGCAGAAGAUGGAACAAGCAAAGAAAGAACAAGUUGAUAGGUUUACGAAGAUUGCUGCUCCUAGUGGAUUGCUAAAUGGAUUGAACCCUGGGAUUAUUAACCAUGUGAGGAAUAGUAAACAGGUGCAUUCCAUAAUUCAGUCACUUGUCAAAUCUGAGAAACGAGCAAAUCGUAGACAAGCAAAUGAGGUGAGAGCUGAGAGUAGAGAGCUAUCUGAAAUAAACACAGAACAAGAUAAUGUAAAGUUUUCUGGGGUACAUGGAUCUGGUCUCUCUUAUGGAGUUUCAUCUCUCAGUUCUAUGCCAGAAAGCAGUUCACUUCAGGAGAACCAUUUUUCGCAACAUAGUUCUGCCUUAUAUAGUUCAGAAGAUAGGAGUGGAUACAGGGAUCCAGCCACAGAGGAGAGGUUGACUUAUCCAAACAUGUCUUUAUUUUCAAACCCCAAGAAUUAUAGUGAGGAUGAUAUACUUGCUCUAAAGUUGGCAUCUUCAACCAAAGCCUCAGAAAGUACUAGCUGUCUUUCAAAUGAGGAAUCAGCAAAUGGUAGCAGUGUUGACACUCUUUCUGUUAAAGCUGCUACAGUAGCUUCCCAAUGGCUGCAGCUUCUACAUCAGGACAUAAAAGGGCGUCUUGCGGCUUUGCGACGUAGUAAGAAGAGAGUACGUGCUGUUAUUACAACUGAGUUGCCUUUCCUCUUGUCAAAAGAAUUCCCUCCCAACCAGGGAAAUGAUCCUUGUGUUAUGAAGGAUUCUGCUUCUGGUAACCCAAGUAAGGCCACAGCUGAAUUACAUCAGUCGCACUGGAGUAAGUUGUUCAACCAGAUGGAUAGUUCUCUUUCCGAAGAAGAGAAACAGCUGGAAUGCUGGCUGAAUCAAGUAAAUGAAAUGAUGCUUCACUGUGAUCAAGGCCUGCAACAUGUACAUUGGAAUGCUAUAUUUGAGAUGCAGCAUAUGGGAAUUGUAGAUAACAAUUUAAGAUCAAAGAUUAAUGAUCCAGAGAAAGAUCUGUCUGUGAGAGCUGCUGCAGCUUCUAUAUACUCGACGUGCAAUUUUCUAUCUUCAAGGGAAAACGUCAGUUGCUGCUGAUCAUUCCUCACAACUUCUCUAAAUCCCUUGUUUUCAAUUAUAGUACUCUUUUAUCCCCCCCCCUUCUCUCAUAGUUCGAGGAGAUCCUCUGAUCUCUAUGUGCAUUUUUACCAAUCCACCUUGUUCCCUGGCGGAAUAAUGAUCUGUCUGAGCUUGUUUCAUGUAGAAUUAGCUGUUGACUUUACCCAUGUAUCCAUUCAAUUUUCUUAGAUGUUAGGUGUAGAAACUGAUAGUUUGGAUAUUCAUGUCAUAGUGGUUAGGAGAAUUUUUUCUUUACCCUUUUACUGCUACUCGAUGCUACUCGUAGAAAGUAGUCAAGCCAUUGAGCUUUAUUGUAUUUAGAUGAAUGAAUAAUUCUGUUUCAGAUCUGA